CCCUUCCCCGGCUUUUCUGCUCUGCCUGGUGUCCCCCUGGGCUUCUGCUAUGCGGUGGUGAAGUCUGGUUUUUUUUUUUUUAAUUCUGGCUGAUGGACUCUCCCAUUUGUAGAUCCUCAGUCCCUGGACAGGCUUGCACUGAGUUGAUCAGCUUGGCUCUCAGAGCCUGCGCUCCUAAUCUCUGGCUUGUGCCUUUGCAGUGGCCGACGCAAACAUGCACAGGGCAUCUCUCCCACUCCCUAGCUGGGGAUGAUCCCAGCUGGUGAGGGGCCACCGGCAGACUUCGGACCCAACCUUUCGAAAUCGGGCAUCACAAUCGACUGUUUGGAGUGUAAUCCUGGUUACGUCUUUACUAUGAAGUAUUAAUGGACAUUAUGUCAAAAACUGCAAUAAGCAAUCCAGGCAAUGACCUUCACCACCAGAAUGAAUCUGAAAAUCAAGCAGUCUACCAAGUCUUCCUAACGCCUUGUCAAGGAAAGUCCCUGACAUAUCUCCCUUCAGCAACUCCCGUCGCAUUCCUCUCCUCAUCCGCUGAAGGAGACGGGGUUGAAGCGGACAAAGCUUUCAAACCUCUGCAAAAACUGGCCUGAAAAGGCCAAAAAGCUUUUCCUCGUACCCAUCCAUCUGUUUGGAACACAGUGGGAGAGGAUGGUGUUCUAGUUUAAACAGCUCGGACAUAUUCUGCAUUUUGGGAAAUAUAGGCACAUCCCAACGUAUCGGGGACCUAAAUCCAAUUACAGAUAAUGGAUGAAAGGAACAGAAAAAGUGCACAACCAUAUCAUGGAGCCAGGGACAUAGCUAGGGAGACGAGGACAUCCAGAAAUCAAGGAAUGGAUGACUACAGGUAUCAGGACAGCAAUUAUGAGGGGUACACCCCCAGUGACAGCUAUUACCGGACCGGAGAGGACCCCAACCAAGAGGAAGAUGUCCAGAGCGAUGCGACGGAAGGUCAUGAUGAAGACGACGAAGUCUACGAAGGGGAGUAUCAGGGUAUCCCCCACCCUGACGACAUCAGGGCGAAGCAGAAGAAGAAAUCCCCUUCCCGGCCGGAUGACUUUCGAGAUCGCGCCGACCUCCUGGCGGAGCGGCUGGAGGAUGAAGAGCAGCUAGCCCACCAGUACGAGAGCAUCAUCGAGGAAUGUGGCCAUGGCCGCUUCCAGUGGACCCUCUUCUUUGUUUUAGGGUUGGCCCUCAUGGCCGACGGGGUGGAGGUGUUUGUGGUCGGCUUUGUCCUCCCCAGUGCUGAGAAGGACAUGUGUCUGUCAAGUUCCAACAAAGGAAUGCUGGGGCUGAUUGUCUACCUAGGAAUGAUGGCAGGAGCCUUCAUCUGGGGCGGAUUGGCAGAUAAGUUGGGGAGGAAGAAAGUCCUUGGCAUGUCUCUUGCUCUCAAUGCUUCUUUCGCCUCCCUCUCCUCCUUCGUGCAGGAAUAUGGUUUCUUCCUCUUCUGCCGCCUCAUCUCCGGCAUCGGAAUUGGAGGAUCUCUCCCCAUCGUCUUUGCCUAUUUCUCCGAAUUUCUGUCUCGGGAGAAGAGAGGGGAACACCUUAGCUGGCUGUGCAUGUUCUGGAUGAUUGGUGGCAUCUAUGCUUCAGCAACAGCUUGGAGCAUCAUUCCACACUAUGGCUGGGGCUUCAGCAUGGGGAGCAAUUACCAUUUCCACAGCUGGAGGGUGUUUGUGAUCAUCUGUGCUCUGCCAUGCCUAGCUUCCAUGGUGGCCCUGAACUUCAUGCCUGAGAGUCCCCGGUUUUUACUCGAGACAGGUAAACAUGAUGAAGCUUGGAUGAUCCUCAAGCAGGUUCAUGACACCAAUAUGAGGGCCAAAGGUGAGCCAGAGAAAGUAUUCACGGUUUCCAACAUUAAAACCCCAAAACAGAUGGACGAGUUUAUUGAGAUCCAGAGCUCGACAGGGACGUGGUAUCAGCGCUGGCUGGUCCGAUUCACAACCACUGUCAAACAGGUCUGGGACAAUGCCUUGUAUUGUGUGAUGGGUCCCUACAGGAUGAAUACACUGAUCCUGGCUGUAGUUUGGUUUACAAUAGCUUUAAGUUACUACGGUCUGAUUGUGUGGUUCCCAGACAUGAUUCGGUACCUUCAGGAUGAAGCCUACAAAUCCCGAGCGAAAACCUUCUACCGAGAGCAGGUGGAGCAUUUCACCUUCAACUUCACCCUGGAAAACCAGAUCCACAGAAAUGGGAGAUACUUCAAUGAUAAGUUCUCUAAGAUGAAAUUCAAAGAUGUGAUCUUUGAGGACUCUGUCUUUGAGGAAUGCUAUUUUGAAGAUGUGACAUCCAGUGAGACUUUCUUCAAAAACUGCACCAUUGAAUCGACUCUCUUCUAUAACACAGAUCUCUACAAACAUAAAUUCAUUGACUGCAGGUUCAUCAACAGCACCUUUUUGGAGCAGAAGGAAGGUUGUCACCUGGACUUUGAGGAAGACAAUGAUUUUCUGAUCUACCUGGUCAGUUUUUUGGGCAGUCUGUCUGUCUUGCCGGGCAAUAUCAUUUCAGCUCUGCUCAUGGACAAAAUCGGAAGGAUAAAGAUGAUUGGCGGCUCAAUGCUGAUAUCUGCCGUGUGCUGUUUCUUCCUGUUCUUCGGAAAUAGUGAGUCAGCGAUGAUUGGCUGGCAGUGUCUCUUCUGUGGGACCAGCAUCGCGGCCUGGAAUGCUCUGGACGUGAUCACCGUGGAGCUGUAUCCAACCAACAAAAGGGCAACGGCCUUUGGUAUUCUCAAUGGCCUCUGCAAGUUUGGCGCCAUCUUGGGGAACUCCAUCUUUGCCUCUUUUGUCGGGAUAACCAAAGUGGUUCCCAUCCUCCUGGCCUCUUCCGCUUUGGUUGGAGGAGGCUUGAUUGCCUUGCGGCUGCCGGAGACUCGGGAGCAGGUCCUGAUGUGAGAUCCCGAGGGAAAGACGUGAACCACUCACGAGCCAUGCUUCGGACAGUUGUACCCUUCCUUCCCCACAGUGGUUACAGAUCACUCCCCAGCAGAGGCCUCGAUAAUGGUGGGGGGUGAGGGGGAGAUGGAAUGAUAAAUUGAUGCCCCUAAUUUAGAUUCAGCUUUCACGGUUAAAACUUUCAGAUCUGGUGGGAUGAUCAAUUCUGUAAGCGAAUGACCACCCAGAGGAGCCACAAGCCUGGCUCCCUGCUUUCAUUGUCCAUUUCUUUGGAGGAGGAGUAAGGGCCUACUCGUCCCUCCUGUAUCCACAUAGCAUUGGCAGUAACCUGACCAAAAUAUGCUGGCUGCUGAAUGAGGGAUCUUCUCCCUCCGGAAGAGAUGCAACCUUAUCAUUUUAUUCCCAAGCAACUUCACCACAAGUCUUGCUCCUUUGCUGACUGUCAGGACAAGAAGGCUCCAUAAAUUGACUUGGUUGAGGGUUACUGCUGCCAUUUGAAUUUCAAUGGGUGGCUCUCUUCAAAAAGUUAACAUAGUUGCUCCAUUUAAAAACCAGAGUAGUAGCUGGCAAAAUGCCUCAAAGUAAUCCCCAGGGUCUGGAGCAAGCCCUUUGAUAGCUAUUAUUCUUGCACUCAAAUUAAGAGACUUACCAUUUGCAUGGAGUUUAGAAAAUCCCUCCCAAGUGUUCUACCUAGCUAAAAAGAUAUCAAAGCAAUGGGCAUUCUGCAAUCCAGAUUUGUAUAUAUGAAUCAGUGUUAACAGGGGUUUUGGGGGGUUUACUAUUUAGGAUAUGGUAUCUGAAUAUAAUUACCAGCGUUUUAGCCAUAUGACAGAGGGAAUCUGUGUUUGGGGUCCAAGUAGAUUUGGGUCAGAAAGAAGAAAUGUAAACACAGUUUCUUAUAGCCAUUUAACUUGUUACCCAGAGGACAUGCUCAGAAAAUUCCCUCGGCCUGGCCCAUCUAAUCCAGGCCCUCUUCUCUGGGCAGGUGGUGUAGUUAAGUUUAUAUCCUCUAAGGAUCAACUUGGAAAUCCAAACUCAAUGUCCUCAGGAUGGGAUGCCGGUUUCAUCGUUCAUCUGGAUACAAAGUGAUGUAGGCUCCUUGGCACCUGGCUGUCUCUCAAGGGAUAGGGACAGAGCAUGGAGGUCUUUUGUAACAUUGCCUCUGUUCUGUGUGCUGAGAAAGCUGUAUCCUGAGCAUCAGAGGAAGUUAAAAUGUGGCUACCUGUACUGAAUUGGCAUUGGAAGGGGUAGCUGUGAAUGAAUGGCUGUAUUGAUAUUGCUCCAUCCAGAAUCAUGGCCAAACAUUUCUGCCCUUGAGUCACAGUGUGGCCACCGACUACUAAAGAACUUCUGCUCACCAAUAGGAUCAUACUUAAAUGGAAAGACCUACUUAUGUCCAAUUUGACAUUCAGAAAGCUUUAAUGGAGAGACUUUAGCUUCUGAAAUUACUGCUGGACUUCUCUCCUGAUUUACCUCCUCCCUGCUUCUCCAUGCUUUCAAACAGCUGUCUCGAUUUUCCUGACUCUGACUCCAUCAGUGGGAACCCCUCCUCCCCAUCGGCACCAUGUUCUAGCUGGAGGAGAAUGAUGCCAUAUCACUGCUUUCUUAAGCAUCUGGAUUCUCAUCUUCUCCCCGUGAUAUGUCUGCCUAGAAACUUCAAGGUUAAGGCACUGCCAUUGCCAAAGGGUUAAUGUGUGUGGCCAGGGAUUGUAGGUCCCUCAAGUAGUACAGAGAUUCCAGGGUUGGACAUCAACAGAACCAUUCCAUUGCUUUUGGAGUAUGAUGUAAUUGUUUAACUUUACAAGGGCACUACAGCUGGGCUAUCCUGGGAGCUCAGGAUUUCUUUGUUCUGCUCAACAUUCGUAAUGCAGAUGAGGCUGCAUCUGCUCACCACUAAGGAGAGGGACAGAAAGAGUCACUAUGGGUUUCCACUUCUAUUAAGAUUGUGAGUUUUCUUGUGGGGAAUAGAAUUGAUGGAUUUGUGAAUGCUGGUGACAAUAAUGACUCUGGGUGGGCCUUAUAACCCAUCUCCUUCACCUGAAAAAUGGGGAUUCAAUACUUGUUCUCCCUCCUACUUAGACUGUGAGCCCCAUGUGGGAUCUGAUGAUC